GUGUUUUUCUUGGGCGUACCACAAACUCAUUCAACAACUACGGUACUUUGCGGAGCGCUCACUAGUUGCUGCUUUAGGCGCUGGGGAAAGGGAAGAAGGCACAUAAAAGCCUUUGCCUUCACAGCCUCGGUUUGCCAGUCUUAGAGGGCAGGAACGGCGUCGGCAGCCUGGAAACAGCGGCCACCUCUCUUGUGCACGGCCUGCAGCUGGUCCCGCCUCCCUUCCGGCCUCCGCGCCUUGCUUCCGGUCGGCCGUUCUGUCCUUAUUUCCGCUUCUCUACGGUGCCCGGGCCGCAGUCGCCCCGCCGCCGGAAGUGGCUUGUUCGCCGGGUCAGAGUCGCAGAGUCGUGCGGUGAGGAAGUGCCAGGGCGGCGGGGCUGGACGCUCCGGGACGAGGUGUUCAGCAUUAAUUUAGAUCACCCAUGCUCCAUCCAAGUCCUUAUCUUCAUCUCCUUUCCCAGCGGAGUGCCUCCAGUGUUAACGCCCACAGCACCUGAGCUCUCUGGUGUUUCCACCUGACCUUGAGGAAUAGUCAUGUCAUCAGAAUCAAGCAAAAAACGGAAGCCCAAGGUGAUCCGAAGCGAUGGAGCCCCAGCUGAAGGAAAACGGAAUCGAUCUGAUACUGAGCAGGAAGGUAAAUACUACAGUGAGGAGGCCGAGGUGGACCUUCGGGACCCUGGCAGAGACUAUGAGCUGUACAAGUAUACGUGCCAGGAGCUACAGAGGCUGAUGGCCGAGAUCCAGGACCUAAAGAGCAGGGGCGGCAAGGAUGUGGCAAUUGAAAUCGAAGAACGGAGGAUCCAGAGCUGUGUGCAUUUUAUGACUCUAAAGAAGCUUAACCGAUUAGCCCACAUCAGGUUGAAGAAAGGAAGAGAUCAGACCCAUGAGGCUAAGCAGAAAGUAGAUGCCUAUCACUUGCAGCUACAGAACCUGUUGUAUGAGGUGAUGCAUUUACAGAAGGAGAUCACCAAAUGUCUGGAGUUCAAGUCAAAGCACGAAGAAAUUGAUCUGGUCAGUUUAGAGGAGUUUUAUAAUGAGGCUCCACCAGAUAUCAGCAAGGCUGAAGUCACCAUGGGAGACCCUCACCAACAAACCCUGGCACGUCUGGACUGGGAGCUGGAACAGCGGAAAAGGCUGGCAGAGAAGUACCGAGAGUGCCUGUCUAAUAAGGAGAAGAUCCUCAAGGAGAUUGAGGUGAAGAAGGAGUACCUGAGCAGCCUCCAGCCUCGCCUCAACAGCAUCAUGCAGGCUUCCCUCCCUGUGCAGGAGUACCUGUUCAUGCCGUUUGACCAGGCUCACAAGCAGUAUGAGACAGCCAGGCAUCUGCCGCCUCCCCUCUAUGUCCUCUUUGUCCAGGCCACUGCAUAUGGGCAGGCCUGUGAUAAGAUGUUGUCUGUGGCGAUCGAAGGCAGUGUGGAUGAAGCCAAGGCUCUGUUCAAGCCUCCUGAGGAUUCCCAAGAUGAUGAGAGUGACUCAGACGCUGAGGAGGAGCAGACCACGAAACGCCGGCGACCCACGCUGGGGGUUCAGUUGGAUGACAAGCGCAAGGAGAUGUUGAAGAGGCACCCGCUGUCUGUCAUGCUUGACCUGAAGUGCAAAGAUGACAGUGUGCUUCACCUGACUUUCUACUACCUUAUGAACCUCAACAUCAUGACAGUAAAAGCUAAAGUGACAACCGCCAUGGAGCUGAUCACCCCCAUCAGUGCAGGUGACUUGCUGUCCCCUGACUCCGUCCUGAGCUGUUUGUAUCCUGGGGAUCAUGGAAAGAAAACUCCGAAUCCAGCCAAUCAGUAUCAGUUUGAUAAAGUCGGCAUCCUGACUUUGAGAGACUAUGUGCUUGACCUGGGUCACCCCUACUUAUGGGUACAGAAGCUGGGUGGCCUCCACUUCCCCAAAGAGCAGCCACAGCACACGGUGAUCACUGACCACUCACUGAGUGCCAGCCACAUGGAGACUACCAUGAAACUGCUGAAGACCAGGGUGCAGUCCCGCCUGGCCCUCCACAAACAGUUUGCAUCCCUAGAGACCUGGAUUUUGGGCUUUACUGAGCAGGGGUCUUGGCAGGGCCACUGGGGAGAGCUACCCAUCCAUCCAAGCAGAGGUCUAAGCUGCCAUCAGGGCUGUCACAGAGGAAGCCAAAGCCUGGGUGGCACAAGUUCACAGGUGGGUCAGGGGCAGCUCAACCUGGUCAGUGCAUCACAGACCCUGAUUCUCUUCCCAGCCAAACUCCAGGCUGCCGUGGUGCUAAACCCCGGCUACUCCUCCAUCCCUCCCAUUUUCCAGCUCUGUCUGAACUGGAAAGGGGAGAAGACAAACAGCAACGAUGACAACAUUCGGGCCAUGGAGAGUGAAGUCAAUGUGUGCUACAAGGAGCUGUGUGGCCCCCAGCCCAGCCACCAGCUCUUGACUAACCAGCUACAGCGGCUGUGCGUGCUGCUGGAUGUCUACCUGGAGACCGAGAGCCAUGACGACAGCGUGGAGGGGCCCAAGGAAUUUCCACAGGAGAAGAUGUGUCUGCGGCUUUUCAGGGGUCCCACCAGGAUGAAGCCGUUUAAAUAUAACCAUCCUCAGGGAUUCUUCAGCCAUCGCUGACCUGCUCAGCUCAUCUUUUCCCCCAAGUACUGGGCUUCUGCUUGCUGCUCUGGCCCACAUGUGGCUCUUGAUAUUCCCCAGAUGUAUUAUCCUAUUAAAGUGUCAUCUGAGUCUUGUAGCACCAUGGUCACAGGUUUGGAUCCCUGUACUGGCCAGCCACAAAAAAAAUAAAAAUAAAAAAGUGUCAUCUGA